CGCUCCGGUACGGUAUUUCAGGUCUUUAGUGUGACCCAUAUAAUUGGAGCCGGAAUACUUUAGGUAUGGGAAUAAGCUUUUUUAUUGUCGUUUUACACGUGGAUUGCAGGAAGUAAACAACUGAACUGAUACGUCUUUUUUACUACAAAAACACGAGAUUUAAAAUUAAAAAGUUGUGAUCAUCAAUGGUCCUAGAAUUUUAAGAACUGAAGGCAAAUAUGAAGAAAGAGAAGCAAGAAAAAGAUAUAUCAGAAGUGUUAGCACAAAAGAAACUUGCCAAUAAACAGGAAAACAGGAGGCUAUUUGUACUGUUCAUUUCACUUGUCCUAGACCUUUUGUCUUUCACCUUAAUUUUGCCAUUGUUACCCUCCUUGUUGGACUAUUACGGUGAACAUGACAAGGGAGGACUUUAUAAAGUUAUUAAGGAUUCUGUAACAGGAUUUAGAGAGUUUGUUGGAGCACCAGAUACUCACAGAUGGAAUUCUGUUCUCUUUGGAGGUGUCAUUGGAAGUCUUUUUUCCUUCCUUCAGUUUUUAGCCUCCCCUAUAGUUGGCGCAACAUCAGAUGUGUACGGAAGAAAGCCUGUUUUAUUGCUAUCUUUGGCAGGUGUUGCAGGAUCAUAUGCAUUGUGGGCAGUGUCACACAACUUUACAUUGUUUGUAUUAGCUAGAAUUAUAGGAGGAUUAAGUAAAGGGAACGUUAGUUUAUCCACUGCUAUUGUUGCUGAUAUUUUACCCCAAGAAAAACGGGGCAAAGGAAUGGCUUUAAUUGGUAUAGCAUUUUCCAUUGGUUUUGUAUUUGGACCAUUAAUAGGAGCAGGAUUCUCAAUAUGGGCCAGACAUCAAGAUGGUGCAUUUUACGUGGUACCUGCUCUCUUUGCCUUAUCUUUAGCUGUGAUUGAUAUUUUAUUUGUCUUCAUUUUUUUCGAAGAAACACUGCCAGUGGAAAAAAGGGCACAAUCUAUAGCCAAUGGAUGGCAAGAAAAAGCACAUUUAAUUAAUCCAGUUUCUUUGUUCAAGUUUUCAUCUGUAACAAAUAUGUCACAAAAAGAUAACCAAACAAUGCAGAAAAUUGGUGUAAUAUACUUCCUCUACCUUUUUUUUUACUCUGGACUGGAAUUUACAUUGACAUUCCUUACUCAUAACAGAUUACAUUAUGAUAGUAUGCAGCAGGGGAAGAUGUUUUUCUUUAUUGGAGCUGUGAUGACGUUAGUUCAAGGUGGUUAUGUAAGAAAGAUUAAGUCUGGAACAGAAGUCAGAACAGCAACAAUGGGCAUGACUUUACUUAUACCAGCCUUUAUUAUUAUGGCUUUUGCAUACACAGCAAGUAUCAUGUACAUUGGCCUUUUUCUCUUUGCUUUUGCUUCAGCAACAGUAGUUCCCUGUUUAACAACUUUGAUCUCCCAGUUUGGCAGAACUGACCAAAAAGGUGUUAUCAUGGGAGUGUUUAGAUCCCUUGGAGCUUUAGCUAGAGCAUUAGGACCAAUUAUAACAUCCACUAUCUACUGGAGUUUGGGGGAAAAGGUCUGUUACAUUUUUGGUGCAGUUUGUCUUCUGUGUCCACUGCUUAUGUUGAGGAUGGUUAUAACCACAACAAAGAAGAAUGUAUGAUAGAAGAAUGUAAAUCUUAUAACAUUUAUCAACAAAAAACAUCUAUGCAACAAAAAAGCCUUGUGAUAUUUUUACAGAAAAUAUAAUUUUAUGAAUAAAUAUUAAAAGUUA